GCAUAACUACGAUUCCUUUCAUCCCGCACCGUUAACAGACUGAUUGCUCCUGCUCGUAUUCGUAGAUCCACCCACCCAUCGCUCGAACACACAGAACCCUACAGUACAGCAAGAGAUCGAGCAGCCACGCCCACGCUUCUCUCCUCUCCUCUGAAACUAUCCUACUAUCGUACUUUCCUUUUUUUGUUCCCUUCUCUUUCUCUCUCUCCCGUCGUCGCCAUUUAUCACUCCUUCCUCGUCGAAAAUCUUCUGUCGUAAUAAAGGGGUCAUCCGUCCACCGUCCACGUGGGCGGCGGUUGCGGCUACGGCGGCGGCGGCGGCGGCGUCAGCGGGCGCCGGAGAUGUGAGAGCCUCCGUGCCGUUGGAGAUGGCUGCGGCGGGGGCAGGGACCGGGAGCGAGGGGAAGAAGCGGGGCGCGUCGCGGAGCUGGAUCCUGCUCGACGCGGCCGGGGAGGAGCAGCUGCUGGACGCCGAUAAGUACGCCAUCAUGCGCCGCGUCGACAUCAACGCGCGCGACCUCCGCAUCCUCGACCCGCUGCUAUCCUACCCCUCCACAAUCCUCGGGCGCGAGCGUGCCAUCGUCCUCAAUCUCGAGCAUAUAAAGGCGAUCAUCACUUCCAACGAGGUUCUGCUUAGGGAUCCUUCUGAUGAGAAUGUAAUCCCUGUAGUAGAGGAGCUCCAUAGGCGGUUAGCACCAUCGAGUGCUACUCAGCAUGAUGGAAAAGAGAACUUAAGUGGCCAGCAUGAUGUAGAAGGGGCAGAAGAAGAUGAAUCUCCUUUUGAGUUCCGUGCAUUGGAGGUUACUCUGGAAGCAAUCUGCAGUUUCCUUGAUGCACGCACUACUGAGCUUGAGACCGAUGCUUACCCAGCUUUGGAUGAGUUGACAUCCAAGAUCAGCAGCCGCAACUUGGAUAGGGUACGUAAGUUAAAAAGCGGGAUGACAAGAUUGACCGCAAGGGUUCAGAAGGUGAGAGAUGAGCUUGAACAAUUAUUGGAUGACGACGAUGACAUGGCUGAUCUUUAUUUGUCUAGAAAGUUGGCUGGGGCAUCUUCCCCUGUCAGUGGUUCUGGUGGACCAAAUUGGUUCCCUGCCUCCCCAACUAUUGGUUCAAAAAUAUCAAGAGCAAGCAGAGCCAGUGCAGCUACUGUGCAUGGAAAUGAGAAUGAUGUUGAAGAGCUAGAGAUGUUGCUGGAGGCAUAUUUCAUGCAAGUUGAUGGCACAUUAAACAAAUUGACAACGUUGAGAGAGUACAUCGAUGACACGGAAGAUUACAUCAAUAUCCAGCUUGAUAACCACCGUAAUCAGUUGAUUCAGCUAGAGUUAUUCUUGAGUUCUGGUACCGUCUGUCUGUCGCUGUACUCAUUAGUUGCUGGAGUCUUUGGUAUGAAUAUUCCGUAUACCUGGAAUGACGGCCACGGAUACAUCUUCAAAUGGGGCUUUUUUGUGCCUUUAUAUUUGUCUCCAUUGUUGCUUACGCACGACACAAGGGGCUCGUCGGAUCCUGAAUAGCUGAAAUAACCGCGUACUUGCUUCCCUCAACUGUAAAUUUGAGCCAGUGAGCAUCGACUUUGCGGGGUGAUUCAUCUGUUGUACCAAAUUCGGUAGUAUCAAAUUGGGGAUGUUGAAUAGGAACUGUAAUAGGAAAAAGUUAAUGCAAAAGAAAUAUGUUAUGAUUGCCCCCGGUUUUAUAAAGUUUGCACCGAAAGAUUCAAACAAAUAUGUUAUUAACCAGGUGCCUCUUUCUGAAAUGAUUUUCAUAGCUA